AUGAUUACUUGGUGAUUUCAAUGUCAGAUGAUUACUUGGAGUUUUUCUCAAUGAGAGCUAACAUGUGGAAACAAAUUGAGAGUACUCACAUCUGUUAUACAUAUCUCGACAAAGAUGACUUCACCUCCGGAGUAGGGUUGCUCUUUAAUGGAGCUAUUCAUUGGCUUGCUUUUCAUCGUGAUCAUGAUUUAAAAGAGUUUGUUAUUGUUGCCUUUGAUUUAACGGAAAGGAAACUUUUAGAUAUGCAAUUGCCACAUGACUGUGACCCUAAACUUCACAAUUCUGGUUUGUGGGUAUUUGGUGAAUUUCUCAGUCUAUGGUCUACGGAUUUUCGUAAAAAUAAUACAGUUGAAAUUUGGGUGAUGAAUGAAUACAAACUACAUUCGUCUUGGACUAAAACUAUUGUUCUUCCUAUUGAUGGAUUUCCCGAUGAGUACAUGUUCCCUUUAUGCUCUACAAAAAGUGGUGAUAUUGUUAGAACUGAUUAUUGUUGUACUGGACUGGCCAAGUAUGAUGGCAAAGGACAGUUGCUAGAGUAUCGCUCCCAUCAUAAUUGUUAUCCUUAUGAUGUAUACGAAGUGACUCUGUAUAUAGAGUCUCUACUUUCACCCCACAAUGAACAAGCUUAAGAAGAUGACAGACAAGAAGAACGAGGCUAUGAAAUAUUCUCCUUCGCCAUUUUCAUUAUAUUUAUAAUUAUUUGUAUAUGUACUCUUUGGUGGCUGCAUUUGUAGGAUAAUUUGUGUUUGACAGUUUGAUUGCUUUUGUGAGCUGAUCCAAUAUGUCAUCAAAUUUUUCUUGACUUACUAUUUGUAUGAUGCUUAUUUGAAAUAUUGACAUGCUUGU